GCAAAAUGGAAUCCUUGAAAAAAAUAAAAUAAGGAGGCAAUUGCCUUGGGACUGAUACUUUUUGGUUUGGUGUAUUGCGCAGUAGGCAUGGUAUUUCUUCCUUCCUUCCUUUUUUUUCUAAGAGAGUGAUUUAUAGGAGCUUCAGUAAAUGCUGCAUAUUGUAUUUCAAAGAGUUUCCUGUCAUGACCUCAUAAAAAGAGGAGGCGGCUUGUAUGUGUACCAGCGCCUAGUAUAUGCCGAUUUGUUGCAUCGUUGGGCAGGAGUUCUGUAAGAAGGAAUGUCAGCUUUUACAUAACGUUCUUUUUGCUUUUGACACUGUGCGGGGCUGUAAGGGUCCAUCUUUGUGAUCACAGAUGGAGUGGAAUGGCUUGAAAAUGAUAAUUAGCACCAUGGAGCCUCAGGUGUCAAAUGGCCCGACAUCCAAUACAACCAAUGGACCUGCCAGUAACAGUAGGAACUGCCCUUCCCCUAUGCAGACGGGGGCUGCUACAGAUGACAGCAAAACAAACCUCAUAGUCAACUAUUUACCCCAGAAUAUGACCCAGGAAGAGUUCAGGAGCCUUUUUGGGAGCAUUGGUGAAAUAGAGUCCUGCAAGCUUGUGAGAGACAAAAUUACAGGGCAGAGUUUAGGGUAUGGAUUUGUUAACUAUAUUGAUCCAAAGGAUGCAGAGAAAGCCAUUAACACUUUAAAUGGACUCAGACUCCAGACCAAAACCAUAAAGGUUUCCUAUGCCCGUCCAAGUUCGGCAUCAAUCAGAGAUGCUAAUCUGUAUGUCAGCGGCCUUCCAAAAACGAUGACCCAGAAAGAGCUAGAGCAGCUUUUCUCGCAAUAUGGGCGCAUCAUCACCUCAAGAAUUCUGGUUGAUCAAGUCACAGGUGUUUCUCGUGGUGUAGGAUUUAUCCGUUUUGAUAAGAGAAUAGAGGCAGAAGAAGCCAUAAAGGGACUAAAUGGCCAGAAGCCUAGUGGUGCUACAGAACCGAUUACUGUGAAGUUUGCUAAUAACCCCAGUCAGAAAACAAGCCAAGCCCUCCUUUCCCAGCUGUACCAGUCUCCCAACAGACGCUAUCCGGGACCUCUCCACCACCAAGCUCAGAGAUUCAGGCUGGACAAUUUGCUUAAUAUGGCCUAUGGCGUAAAGAGGUUUUCUCCGAUCACCAUUGAUGGGAUGACGAGCCUUGUAGGAAUGAACAUCCCUGGCCAUACUGGGACUGGGUGGUGCAUCUUUGUCUACAACUUGUCCCCUGACUCCGACGAAAGUGUCUUGUGGCAGCUCUUUGGCCCCUUUGGGGCAGUCAAUAACGUCAAGGUGAUUCGCGACUUCAACACCAACAAGUGCAAGGGAUUUGGCUUUGUCACCAUGACCAACUACGAUGAAGCUGCCAUGGCAAUUGCCAGCCUUAACGGAUAUCGCUUAGGAGACAGAGUAUUGCAAGUUUCCUUUAAAACCAAUAAAACCCAUAAAUCCUGAAUUUCAUAUCCUUAAUAAUUAUUAUAAAUAUAUAUAUAUAUAAAUAUAUAUACGAACAAACAAACAAAAAACUUUCAAGGCUUAUACUCAACCAUGGACUUUUAUAAGCCAGUGUUGCCUAAGUAUUAAAACGUUGAUAUCCUGUGAACAGGAAAGGAUUUUAUAAUGCUUAGAAAAAAAACAAAAAACCUUUGAUGCAUUGAAUGUUCUUUCAUAGCUGUCGUUGUUGAAUAUAAUAUACAUAGAUAACAAUGUGCAGGGAUUUUUACCCGGCCAGCUAGUUUUACUACCUUCCUUGAAGGUGGGUCUUUUUAAGAUGACCAUUCACUCAUUUGAAAAAUAAAUAAAUAAAUGAAAAAAAUCUAAAACCAUUUUUACAGACUAAUGGGAUUAGCAGAUUUUGCUCUCUUUUUUUCCAAAAUGUUUGAUCCAAUCAGAUUGGUAAACCCCCAACAUAAAUUAAAGAGGAACAAUAAAAAUUGCAAAAUGAAGAAGAAAAAAAGAAACAUAAUUUUGCAACUUUUUUAUUUUUCCUUUUUUAUUUUAUAUCAUGUGAACUAAACAGUCUUCUGUUAGGGAUAGGGUAAAAGGGGGGGAUACCUGAUGACAUAACAGUUUAAAUAACAUUAACAAUGUUGCCAAAGAGGUGGUCUCUUUGCUGAAAAUGGGUUUCAAGAAAAAUCUAUUUUUAUAAAAUAUAAAGAAUUUUUACAAGAGAAUCUGGAUUUGAGAAAAAAAAUAUUUUGACUGGCUAAUUUAGGGGAAAUUGACAACUUUGUCAUGUUCAUACUGCACUGGUAACUUUUUAGAGAUCAAGAUGUGUGUUUUAAACUGGAUUAAGUAGAUUGUUUUUUGAAGGAUGGGCUACAAACAGAUGAUCUUCGUAUCUUUUCAUAGCAUGUAAUAAAAAUAUUAAAUACAGAACGGGAGAGUGUUCUUCCCAGGCACACAGUUACCCACAGUCAAAACCCAAAAGCAAGGAGAUGAGUUGCAGGGUGGUUUUUCUUUAAGUCAUCAGUAUGGGAUAUCAGCAGAACAAAAGUUUUGGAAAAAAAUUAAUUUUAAUCAAAAAGUUCCUUUCUUUGAGCAGUAGGUGCUACAAAAUUAUUUACAUAUCUUAGUAUCAUAGUUAAAUGUAAUGUGUUUAGAGGGGGAAAAGUACAUUUGCUUUAAAUUUGUUAAGAAUUUUCAGAUUCACUUUCUAGCCCAUACUGAUAUAAAUUGGGCUGUGUUGGCACAUUUGAAACACUCUUUACGUUGCUUGAAACACUUAUUUAUUUAAUUGCUGAUGUGACGCAUAUGCCAAAAUCAAAUAUUGCUAGUUUGGCUAGUCUACUUAUUUGUUUACUUAAACUAUGGGAAGAAGCAUAUUAUUGUGUCAUUUUGUUGUGUGUGUAUGUGUAUAUAUAAUAUAAAUAUAUAUAUAUAUAUAUAAAAAGAAGUUAUUUUUUUCCUUUUGGUUAACUUAUUCUAAGUUGUAACACUUUGCUAGUUUCGUUUGUAUAUGUCUUAAAAUGUUUUCUUAAUGAUACUUAAAGUGGCAAGAGGUAUCAAGGUAACCUGUGUAGAAAUAUUGUUUGAUAUAUUGUCAUGUUUGUCGUGAAUAUUAUUUUUUUCUUACUGCACAGUAGAAAACAACAACAACUGGGUCUUUAUUUUAAUGUAAUUCAGAUUGGGGAAAACAGAGCUAAGGGAACAAAAUGACUGAGGGAGUCCUCUCCCAUGUUCAGUGCACUGAUCCUUUUCGUAUGUUUGUGCUUUGUAUGGUUAUAUAUUUAAAACAAAAAAAAGGUCAUGCUCUUCCCUGAGUACUAGAAACAGUUACUCGCUAUGCAUAAUCUAGUUGAUAGUUAAAUUUGCUAUUGCUUUUCUUGUCUUGUUAUAUACAAUUUUUUCAAUACCAGUUUAGUCUUAAUGGUAAUAAAACGUUAUGGUUCUUUAUAACUUGUGCUUAUUUUGUGCAUCCCCCCCCCCGCCCCAUGCUUAUACCCACUAACUGCAUGUAAACUACAUACUGGUUUUAUUUCAUUUAUUUAUUUUCCACACUGAAGCAGCAAACAUUUUGUAGUACAAGAAUAAUUUAACAGCAAAGGCUGUGCAUCCUAAAUGUCAUCAGUUCAUUUACAUUUUGAAAUGAUUUUAAAUUUCAAAUGAAACAAAACAAAAAAACAACCAACCGAAAAUGCCCUCAUUCAAUGUUUGGGGAAAACCUUUCUACACCAUCUGCUGUGAAUGAGCGCAGUUUGCUGGGAAAGUUUUGAUGCAAUUUCUAAGCAUUAGUGGGGAAGGCAUGUCAGAAUCUUUUCUCUACAAUGUGUUUUACUAUCUGAAAUUUAAAAUAAAAAAAUCUUUCUUAGGACCAGGCAGUUGUAUAUUUUAGUUAUAAUGUAUUACUUCAUGUUUAACUUGCUAGUUUAGAUCAUUUCUGAGGGAAAGUAUUGUAAAUGUUUUUUUUCAUAACCUUGUUGUGUUUGAAUUAUUUGUAUUUAAAUUGUCCAGACAAUAAAUGAAAGUGUGUAGAAUGGCUAUGGACUUGCCAUAUUUUUAAAAGUGUUCAGCUGUUUUCAUAACCACAGCUUCAUCCAUAUAUCUUAAUAGUUUUUAAUCCUGUAGAUCCCAUUUUUAAAAUUCUGGUUUCAUUUUUCCAGCCCUUAUAACUUUUCCAUGCAUGCAGUUAACAAUGCACAUUAGGGGCGUAUGCAGGCACUAAGAUUUGCCUUGAAUCUGUCUGUUUCUGUACUUGCUCUGCUUCAAUCUGUGUUUUGAGUUCCAAAGCAUUCUGUAUAAAACAAAGUUGUGUGUUUUCCCAUUAA